UUUGUUCUGUGGCGGGCUGUUCGUAGUGAGACAUCUCGCACUCGGAGGAUCUCAGGUUAUUGUCAGGAUGGCGGCAGGCAGCGUGUGGAGGUCACUGGUGAGACAGGUGAUGGGCGGAGCCAACAGGAGGCCGGCUGUCUCUUCCUUCUCCAGAGGGAUGCAGACGGUGACUCUGAUUCCAGGAGACGGCAUCGGCCCAGAGAUUUCUGCCGCUGUAGUCAAGAUCUUUGACGCCGCUAAGGCUCCGGUCCAGUGGGAGGAGAGGAACGUGACGGCCAUCAAGGGACCCGGAGGGAAGUGGAUGAUCCCUGCAGACGCCAAAGAGUCCAUGGACCGCAGCAAGAUCGGCCUGAAAGGUCCUCUGAAGACGCCCAUCGCUGCCGGUCAUCCGUCCAUGAACCUGCUGCUCAGAAAGACCUUUGACCUCUACGCCAACGUGCGUCCCUGCGUCUCCAUCGAGGGCUACAGGACGCCGUACACAGACGUGGACCUGGUCACCAUCCGGGAGAACACGGAGGGCGAGUACAGCGGCAUCGAACAUGUGAUCGUGGACGGCGUCGUUCAGAGCAUCAAGCUGAUCACGGAGGACGCCAGCAGGCGCAUUGCGGAGUACGCCUUCGAGUACGCCCGGAACAACCAGAGGAGCAGCGUAACGGCCGUCCACAAGGCCAACAUCAUGCGCAUGUCGGACGGGCUGUUCCUCAGGAAGUGCCGGGAGGUGGCGGAGAACUUCAAGGACGUGAAGUUCACAGAGAUGUACCUGGACACCGUGUGCCUCAAUAUGGUUCAGGACCCGACCCAGUUUGAUGUCCUGGUCAUGCCCAACCUGUAUGGAGACAUCCUCAGUGACCUGUGUGCCGGUCUGAUUGGAGGACUGGGAGUCACUCCCAGCGGGAACAUCGGCGCCAACGGAGUCGCCAUCUUUGAGUCGGUGCACGGAACCGCCCCGGAUAUCGCGGGCCUGGACCUGGCCAACCCGACCGCCCUGCUGCUCAGUGGCGUCAUGAUGCUGCGCCACAUGGGGCUUCACCAAUACGCCGCCAAGAUCCAGACGGCGUGCUUUGAUACCAUCAAGGAGAAGAAGGUGCUGACCAAGGACUUGGGAGGAAACUCCAAGUGCUCCGAGUUCACCACUGAAAUCUGCCGUCGAGUUCAGGACCUGGCCUGAAACCAGAGUGCGAAGGGCGGGGCUCCGUGGCCCCUCCUCCUCUCCGGGGGGGCGGGGCUCCGUGGCCCCUCCUCCGAGGGGGCGGGGCUUUGUGUCCAAACCAUUCACAUCUAGCAUGACGCACAAAUGAAACCUGACCAUGAAUGAGACUCAACCAAAUAUCAUCUGAUCGAUGACAUCAGCUCGUCUCUGUUGCUUAGUAACAGUUUUUUAACGUUAGUUCUGCGUCAGCGCAGGUCAAGUGUCUUAUUUAUUGUUUCUACUUCCUGUUCUGUUCACUUUCUGCCUGCAGAACCACAAAUAUAAACGGUUCAUUAAGAGUCUGGUGUGUUUAAUGUCCGUCCUCUUCAUCGCUUCCUCUUCCUCCCUGAACAGCCUCAGCUGUGCUCGGUACGGACGGUUCUGAUUGGCUGCCUAGAGUCUGGUUAAUGCCUUAUUUGUAAUUAAUAUAGGAAAUUUAACACAAACUGAUUAUAAGUCAAUAAAUAUUAAUGAAUGUUU